AUGGUCAUUGUCAGCACGACUAAUUGGUCACGCUUUAUUGCGUCAGUGGGUGUGAUACUGGUGUGCUUGGAAUCGACAACUUGUGAGCUUUUAUCUGAGACCGCGGCAGGCACUGGCUGUGUCAGUCCAAAUUUGAUAAAGCGUUACCACCUAAAUACUCAGCUAUACCAAGACUGCGAAUAUCUGCAGCGAAAUGCAUCAGAAGCACCGCUACAACGGUUACGGCGAGCCAUCAGACCUAUUUUUCGUGGAAAACCCAAGCCGCGCGGAGAAGUGCUGGCCAAUAAGUUCCAUAUGAAUGUCAACAACUACGAUCAAACUGAUUCGUUGGUGCGUCUAAUCAAUAAAAUCGCCAGCGAGUAUCUAUACAAAUGUCCGCCAGUCAUCUAUUACGAUAGCUUUGUGGAGAAAUCAGACGCUAUGAUACUGGAGAGCCUUUUUAAGACUUUUCCCAUGACCUUCUAUCAUGGCGAAAUAAACGAGCAUUACAAGGCUAUUAAUUCACGGCUCAAAAAACGCAUUGACAGCAACUGUAAAAGUUAUAUACUUUUUCUCUCCGAUCCGCAAAUGACGCGCAAAAUUAUCGGACCACAAAUUGAGAGUCGCGUUGUGCUAAUCGCGCGCUCGACACAAUGGAAACUAAGGGACUUUUUGGCAUCCGAAGCCUCUUCGAACAUUGUGAAUUUGUUGGUCGUAGGCGUAUCACUGACAAAGGGUCCGCAGGGGGAAAGCCCCUACGUUCUCUACACGCACAAACUAUAUACGGACGGUCUGGGCUCGAAUACGCCUGUUGUGCUGACUAGUUGGAUUCGAGGUGCACUCUCUCGUCCACAUGUCAAUCUCUUUCCGCCGAAAUUUUUCAAAGGUUUUGCUGGGCACAGUUUCCGAGUGUCAGCAGCCAAUCAACCCCCGUUUAUAUUUCGUACACAACAACUAUCGACCAGCGGCACGGCGGCCGCCGUUUGGGAUGGAGUCGAAUAUCGUUUGCUCAAUAUGAUCGCUUCGAAACUGAACUUUACCAUCGACAUAAUUGAGCCUCCGCCACGUUCAGGUGGAAAAAGCGUCAUUGAUGGCAUAAGUGUUCAAAUCGCCAAAAAGGCAGCGGACGUCGGCAUGUGUGGACUAUACAUCACCGAGGAUCGCAUCACAGAAAUGGAUAUGUCGGUUGGACAUUCGCGCGAUUGUGCCAGUUUUAUAACACUUGCUUCCAAAGCAUUGCCCAAAUAUCGCGCUAUUAUGGGCCCAUUUCAGUGGCCCGUUUGGGUUUGUAUUGUUUUCAUUUACUUGGGCGCUAUAUUUCCUAUUGCGUACAGUGAUCGGAUGACCUUGCGUCACGUGAUUGGAAAUUGGGGUGAAAUGGAGAAUAUGUUUUGGUAUGUCUUCGGAAUGUUUACGAAUAGCUUAACCUUCUCGGGCAAAUAUUCAUGGACCAGCACACAAAAGUCAUCCACACGUUUGCUGAUAGGCUCCUAUUGGUUAUUUACGAUAAUUAUUACCGCCUGCUAUACGGGCUCAAUUAUUGCAUUUGUUACACUGCCAGCGUUUCCUAGUACCGUGGAUUCAGUCAAUGAUCUGUUGGGUCUCUUCUUUCGCGUGGGAACUUUGGACAACAGCGGCUGGGAGACUUGGUUCCAGAACUCCACGCAUGUUCCAACAUCUAAGCUGUAUAAGAAAAUGGAGUUCGUUUCUACAUUGGAGGAGGGUGUGGGCAAUGUAACACAGAGUUUCUUCUGGAAUUACGCUUUUCUGGGUUCUGCAGCGCAACUGGAAUUUUUGGUGCAGAAAAACUUCUCCGAUGACAACAUUUCGCGUCGAUCGGCACUUCACCUCAGCGAGGAGUGCUUUGCAUUGUUCCAAGUCGGCUUCGUGUUUCCACGCGAUUCUGUUUAUAAGCGCAAAAUCGAUUCAAUGAUUCUGCUUGCGCAACAAAGUGGACUAAUGAACAAAAUCCUCACCGAAGUCAAAUGGUCCAUGCAACGUUCCGCCAGCGGCAAAUUGCUACAAGCCAGCUCAUCCAGUGCACUGCGUGAGCGCAUACAAGAGGAACGCCAAUUAACCACAGCCGAUACAGAGGGCAUGUUCCUCCUCAUGGGUGUUGGUUAUCUCUUGGGUGCGAUAGCGCUCAUUUCCGAAAUCGUGGGCGGCAUAACAAACAAGUGCCGUCAGAUAAUGAAACGUUCGCGCAAGUCCAUUUCGAGCGCUUGGUCAUCGAGACGCAACUCGGAAGACGAUGAAAACGGAUUACGCACUGCAGCCGAACAGUUGGCACACAAUCAGCAGCGGGCAGCUCGGCGCAAAGAGAAAGAGCGAGAGUACGAUGCCAGGCAAGGUUUUGGAGUGCGCGAAUUCAAUCUCACCAAGAAAACACUGAAAGAGUUGUACGGCAACUAUUACAAACCGGAACCGCAUUACGUGCUGAAGGAUGGUAAAUUGCUGCUGGAAACGGAGGCGCUAUCCGCCAGCUCGGCUGAUUGCGAAUCACGCCAAUCGAGUGGCGACUUACCCGCCGUGAUGUUACCGCAUCUGCAUAGCAAAAAAGAGGCGAUACUAGUGGCGGAGGUGGAGCGUCAAAAGUAUCUGGAAAGAGAGCGCGAGCAUGCGCUAAUAGCAGCAGCAGCUGAGGAGUCCUUAGCGGCGUUAGAUGAAUGUCUUAAGGUGCACAAUGGUGGCGAUAGCAGUGAGGGUAGCGAGGACGCGGAGGGGGUAGAUGAUUUCAAAUUAUUCGGCAGUUUGGUAGAGACCGAAGGGCCGUUGGCCACCAAAUUGAAUGAACUAAAUUUAUUUAAUGACGCCACUGCUAUGCUAAAACAGCUAGAGGACGAGCCGAAAAUUGAUGAACAAAGUUAA